UCUUUCCGUCAAUACCACUCGGGGAGCCAGUUCUCGCGGGGAGGAUAGUUGCGAUUCGCCUCCCACCUCUGGCCCCUGUUCGUUUGAUCCCGUUCACCCCAGGAAGUUCCCGCUCCGUCUUAACGGCCCCCGAGACGCUUCCGCCACACGCCGGUGAUUGACAGACUGAGCGGCCGGGAGCACGCAGGCGUAGUAGCUCCGGCUGCGCUUCCGGGACGGCGCCGUGGGACUCUUUUGGCGCCGGCAUCUGCGAGAGUUGGGACGGCGGCCGGGAGGGCGCGGCCGGCGUUCCGCGUUUUGGGUACCGGCGGCGCCAUGCGCUAUAACGAGAAGGAGCUGCAGGCGCUGUCCCGGCAGCCGGCCGAGAUGGCAGCCGAGUUGGGCAUGCGGGGACCCAAGAAAGGCAGCGUGGUGAAGCGGCGGCUGGUGAAGCUGGUGGUCAAUUUCCUUUUCUACUUCCGGACGGACGAGGCGGAGCCCAUUGGAGCCCUGCUGCUGGAGCACUGCAGAGUCACUCAGGAAGAGCCCAGCGGCUUCUCCAUCAGCUUCCUGGAGGACCCAGAGAGGAAGUACCACUUCGAGUGCUGCAGUGAAGAGCAGUGUCAGGAGUGGAUGGCUGCGCUGCGUCGAGCCAGUUAUGAAUUCAUGCGGAGGAGCCUCAUUUUCUACAGAAACGAGAUCCAGAAGAUGACUGGCAAGGACCCCCUGGAACAGUUUGGCAUAUCAGAGGAGGCCAGGUUCCAGCUGAGCAGCCUGAAGGCAUGAGGCCGGGUGGGGCUCCCCAGCUGUGCUGUUGCUGGACAAGGCCUCUCUGCCCUCCCGGCCCCAGGUUUCCUGGCCAACCGUGGAUUUGCUGUGGAAGUAUCUUGGUUUAAAGACUUCAAACACCCCAGGGUGGGCAGGGGCUGCCUUGUUGGGAGAAACCACCCAGCAAGUGUCUUCUAGACACACUGGGAACCACUGGACUGGUUUGGUACCUUGGUGCCGCCUGCUGCUGCCAGGGGACCAGUGCCCCCUCCCGGAGCUGUGCCCCGCCCUUUGGGUCCGUUGACCCAGGGUCUGGCAGGUACAACUCUCCUGCGCUGGGCAGGCUGAAUGUAUAAAGUUAGGUGAAGCUGUGAAGGGCGUGGGGCCGUGCUGGGGCCGCUGUGAAUUCUCCUGCUGAAGGGGCAGGCCCUGGCCAGACGCCUCUGGGCAGAGCUGGAAGGCUCGCCUUUGGGGUGGCCAGUAUAUUCUGUUCAAAUAAAGGUACCUCUUUUCCAUACGG